AUGUUUACUUCUAGAGCAUUACGACGUUUUGAAACUCUCAAAGAUGAACUCCAGUACAUGAAAUCAGCCGAUCAUCAUGGUCCUCAACACAGACUAUCUAUUGUUUUUGAUCACGGAAUGAACAAUGUCGCCAAUGGUAACAGCUACCCAACAGGUUUACAAAAUUCAACCUCUCGACAAAGUUUGAUUGGCUCGUUGUCCAAUGUUGUAUCUAGACGAUUAGCCAAUAAAACAUCUGAACGAAGCUCGGAACCUAAACAUUACAAAAAUUUAAACAAUUUAAAAGCAGCUUUUAGUGAGUUCUACUUGAUGCUGGUUCUUUUACAAAAUUAUCAAGUUCUUAAUUUUACUGGCUUUCGUAAAAUAUUGAAAAAACAUGAUAAAAUAUUUCAAACGACACGCGGUGACGAAUGGCGAAAAGCUAAUAUUGAUGUGGCGCCAUUUCACACAUCUACCAAAGUCAAUGAACUUAUUCGAGAUAUAGAAAAUACAUUUACGGAUUCGCUCGAAUCUGGCAAUCGAGCAGAAGCAAUGAAACGUCUUCGUGUUCCACCGUUAGAGGAAAAAACUUCACCAAUGGUGGCAUUUCGUCUUGGACUAUUUGUUGGAAUGCUUUGUCUUUUAUUACCGGCUAUAUUUGCAUUCGCUAAUCAAUUGCAUACAAGUAAAUUGAAUAAAGCAUUGGAGUGGCGUGCAGCACUUCUACUCUAUCGUUCCACAUGUUUGAUUAUUGUUCAAGUUAUUUUUUCUGGCAUCAAUGUUUAUGGUUGGUCUAAAUCAGGUGUUAAUCAUAUUCUUAUAUUUGAAAUUGAUCCACGCCAUCAUUUAACUUAUCAACGCAUUCUUGAGGUUGGAACAUCUCUAUUAGUUCUCUGGUUUCUUAGUUUUAUCGGAUUCAUUCUCGCAUCGUAUUUUGGCAGUUAUCCUUUCAUCCAACCACUUAUAUUUGUUGGAUUAUUGAUUCUUUUUGUUAUUAAUCCAAUACCAAUAUUUUAUCGUGAAGCUCGCUUCUGGUUCAUAAAAAAAUUGGCUCGAGUUUUCUCUUCUCCUUUUCAUCCUGUUGGUUUUACUGAUUUUUGGCUUGGCGAUCAGUUUACUUCAAUUGAAUUAGUCUUUUUUGAUUUGCAAUCGUUCUUUUGUUUCUACGCUGCGGAUAGCACAUGGUGGUCAACAGAUAUGACAUCGCCAUCAACAUCUCAUACAGGAUUUUGUGCAGGUUGGACGGAGAUUUUCUUACAAGCUAUUCUUAUGAUGUUACCAUCAUGGUUCCGUUUUGCACAAUGUCUAAGACGAUAUCGUGAUACAAAACAGGCAUUUCCACAUUUAACUAAUGCAGGCAAAUACGCUAGUGGCUUCUUUGUCGUGAUCACGAAUUCACUGCGACGUGGGACCAUUACAAAAUAUGUUAAUAACAAAAUGGCAAAUCCAUUUCUUUACUUAUGGGUACUCGCCGCGAUUAUUGGGACUGUAUACAAACUUACAUGGGAUCUCACAAUGGAUUGGGGCUUUUUUGAUAAAAAAGCUGGUAAGAAUAAAUAUUUACGCGAACAACUUGUUUAUCCAUCAAAAAAGUAUUACUAUGCAGCUAUUGUGGAAAAUGUAUUGUUUCGAUUCGCUUGGGUAAUUAAUAUAUUUAUUUAUUUUGAUGAACAUUCAGCUGAAUAUAGUGAUGUGAUUGGGUUUUGUUUCGGUUUCGUAGAAAUAUUUCGCAGAUUUAUUUGGAAUUUUUUUCGACUAGAAAAUGAACAUUUGAAUAAUUGUGGUCAAUUUCGUGCUGUGCGUGAUAUUUCUAUUUCACCGAUGUCAACAGGAAUCGAUUACAAACUCAUUGAUUAUAAACUUCGAAAACAACCCGGUAUUCGAAAUCGACGCCGAAUAGCACCGAGCGAAACGAUCGUCGAAGAAGACAUUACGUCUAUGACAGAUGUUAGUACACGUGAUGAACCGAACAAUGAGACAAAGCCAUUUAUUCAAUAUUUGAUUCCGACACAUGAUACUACAGGAAUUGAUCGUGUGAAUGAAAUAAAUAAACAAUCAGAAGACACAUUAUCUACAGAUACUCAUUCGUUGACUCUUCACAAUGAAUCUGAUUUGCCAAAUGGAACAGUUGAAGUUUAA